UCUGGAUGGGUAUCGUCUUCUCCAUACGCGUUUUUCCUUGAAUUUUUCCGCAUUCUUUUGCAUUCCUGCUUGUCUACGGUGAUGUUCGCGGUUUACGUUGACUUGAGUGACUAUGAGAGGUGUUGAAGAUCUACGGCAAAUACUAGAUACGCAGAUCUGAAAAAGUGGUUACUGUGUGAUCUCGGAAAAUGGAUACUUCUUUACUAAUAGUCUGAGCUCUGACAUAUUCUGGCCAUGCUUAUAAGGUGGAAAAACAAGGAUAAGGACAAGGACAAAAGUGACAAGAAUUCCAACCAGAAGCAAGGUUCCGGUUCGAAGAAGAAACGGAAAAUAGGAAGAGAUGGAGAGGAAGAAUGGAAUUCUGAUGGCAAGUCUGGAAGAGGCUUCAGCAGUGAUGGAGGUCGUAGUGACAAUGAAGGUGAGGUGAGAGGAAGAACUCGAAGCAAUAGGAGGGACGAUCCUCGACGUCAUACCCUGGGAGGAGACCAGCAAUAUUUUGGGAUGGCGGUACAGGGUGGACCUCUAUCGAGGACAAUGGAUCUUGAGGGUCAACCUUGUGGAUAUGGAAAGUCCUCCAACGCAAUGCUGUUCGAUGAUGAUCCUGGAAUCAUGUCAGAGGUGGAGACGAGCUCAACUGGUUUCAGAAGGGGUGGUAAACAAAGAAGUUCCCUUCCAGUGGUACGAACGCCCAGCAAAACCUUAGAAAGACCAUUAGCUGAAUUACUUCAACAUCAUGAUCCACGAUAUCCAUGUCUUCUCAAUAUGCAGGGCCUGGUGUUCCUCCAAUAUCGGAACGAGACGAAAAGGGCGCUUCUACCCAAUGAAAUUACCUCUAUCGAUACGGUGAAGGCCUUGUUCGUCAGGUCCUUUCCCAAACAGCUAACAAUGGAAUAUUUAGAUUCGCCGAACGUUAAAAUCUACAUUCACGAUUCUUCCAAGGACAUGUUCUACGAGCUAGAGGAUUUACGAUCCCACUUACGCGAAAUACGUGAUCGGUCAGUGUUGAGGCUUUUCGAAUCUGCUGACGUGUCAGGGGGUCUACCCAUGGCAGGAAUCGGGAUAGCUGGUGGUGUUGGCCACUUUGAGGAUUCGAGUUACUUUUCGGAGCCCGAGUUCGACUCUGAGUAUCAGCAUCAACACAUCCAUAAGAGCAAGGGUAGCUCAAGCAAAGCACCUUAUUACAUGGGUUCAACGACAAGUUUACCUAGAGGUACUUCACUUCUUCGCACAUAUACACCAGGGUCUCUGCCAGCCGACCGUUUGAAACCUUUGCCAUCAGGUGCCCCCCCAAAACCUCAGCGUGCCUAUGCCAGUGGUCCAACACGUCCGUCUGAUGGUCAACUCAGACCUGCUGAUCGAUUCAAUCCCUUUCAAAGGCCUGCUAACCCACUUUAUACCGUUCCAGAUGGUUAUAUGUCAUCUCCAGAGAGAGGGUCUAGGUAUGAAGAUCCUUAUUAUAGCCAAUACGGAACACGAUCAGGAUCCAUUACACCAGUUAUAGAUGAGGAAGUGAGUGACACAGAACUUCUUGAAGAUUCGUAUUCUUUAUAUGGAGUUAAACUUCCACCGGGACCAGGUACUGCCAGACCACCGCAGAGGAUACCAUUUGUUUCACCAGCCGCCACACCUGCUUAUGAUGCCACUAGGAUACGAGUAGAAAAUAUGGAGAGACAGUUGGCCAACUUGACUGGACUGGUGCAAAAAGCACUAACACAACCAGCCACUCAUUUAACUGUUCCUGGAAGGGAUGGUUAUAGAGCAUCAGAUGAGUUCGAUAAAAGUUCCAGCGCUAGUUCGACAUCCUUACCAGAUGACACGUAUCUACGUACAGACAGCAAAGCACCCAAAUUGGGUAAAAGUGGCUGUCAUAAAUCGGUUUCUUUCGAAAAAUCGGUGUCUUUCAGUGAUGAGCCCCCAGACAUGAAUUCUCCGAUACAACACAGUCCUCAACAUGCAGCGGAUUCUAAGCCUACUAAGCCGGCAAUCAAAUCUUCAACUCUGCCACGGAUGUCUUCACAGGAUCGAGAUGCUAGAUUGAAACCGGCACCACCUCCAAAACCCUCUGCUCUUUCACCAGGUUACGAAAGUCGAAAUAUAUACAGGGAUCUGCAGCUUACGCCAGAGAUGUACAACCAGCUGCGUACGUUGCAGAAAAAAGCGAAAGAUUUGAGGGCUGAAGUUAGGAACUUGAGGAGGAUGUCCCAGGCCCAAGCACAUACUGUGCGGGAAACAAUUAGAGACACCUUCAUCAAGAUAAGGGCUAUGCUGAUGGCUGGUGGGGAUCAAAUGUGGCAGGCUGGAACAGACCAAGAAAGGAUACGAUUGUCCAGAGACGAAGAUUUGUACAAACAAGAAAUGUUGAGGCUUGAAAAGGACCUCACCGAGCUAGAAUCCACAGUUGAAGAGCUUAGAGGCAACGUGAUCAAUAGAAAAACGAGAGUCAACAUGUCUGAUGUAGAGAAUAUGGCACUCAUUUUGAGCAAAAGUUCUAAGACGGUGGCAGACCUUAAACUUAGGUUUCCCAAUCUUCAAGAUACCAUGAAGUCUUUCUUGAACUCCGAAAUGGAUAAAAUGGUUAGAGAAGAAACGUUUUUGAAGGAGGAGCCUGAACGUUUGGAGAGUGCACUACGUAGAUGUAAAAAAUUAACUGGUACAUUGGUAACUUUGAAAAGACUUGCAAGUGUUCAAGAACAAAGAUUGCCUGCGAAUCCCGCUGCUGAUGGUCGAUUAUCUCCCACAGCCUCAGAAACCCCUCCAAUCACCCCAAGUUCAGCCACACAGAGCAAGUACGACUGGAAGUGGAGCUCCAACUUCAAGGAGGCUAUUACCACUAACGACUCCCUUCCAGUUCACGCAUGGGGGCGAUCGGUUCAGGAGGAGACAGUGGCUCCGACUGUUCACAGCGUCCAGAGAACGCACUCGACGCUCUGCUAGACGAACUCCAGACCUUCUCAAAACCCCCAUCGAUGGUAAACACCCAAGACACAAAUCCCCCCGCCAUUCCCGCCAAAGGUAUCCCACCAAGCAGCCACCACCCGCACGUAUCUGAGAUAGGAAGAAAAGGUAGCAUGGAUUCUUCGACCUUACUCAGCAACCAGAAUCUCACAGUGAGCACAGCCACCGGCAGCUUGAGGCGUCUGCACUCCUACCCCAGCGGAUCAGACACAGAUAACAGUCCGCCCAUACAGCCAAUCCAACGGGACGUCUCAAAGAAUAAACCUCCUCUCCCGGAAAGAAACUCGGAUUUGAGUCAACAGAUCGCCGGAAAGAGGGUACCACCUCCACCUCCUCCAAGGACGAGUUCGAAGAGUCCUCUUAGUUCCCCAACGUCACCGAAUAUACCGCCCAGAUCGCCAGCUGCAGGUCUUCAGCACAUCCAGAAUGUCCAGAAUAUGGUGGAUAAGCCGUAUCAGUCGCAGUUUGAACAGGCUACGCAAAGCUUGGGUUUGUCCACGCUUCGGAGGAACGUCACCAGUCGAGGAAUAUUGAAGGAGAAGGCUCAAACUUUGCCUAGAAACAUUGGGUCGAACCUGCAAACCCUUCAGGUAUCGGAUAGUGAUGCCAUUUCUGCAAGUAACAGCAGUAGCUGCGAAAGUGUUAACUCCCAGGAUGGGUCCAAGAAGAGCAGAAAGGAGGAACUUGAACAACGUCAUCAGGAACUCCUGAAGAAGCAGAAGGCUCUGCAGGAGCAGUAUGCGAGGUUGCAGCAACUGCAAAGAGGCAACAAUACUGCAGUGGUACCGCCGCCACCUGAUCAACUCUUGAAGAAGACUGGAAGUGAAUCUAACUUGCUCCAGAAGAUGGGACUUCAACUAACUACUUCCCAGAUGACUGGAUCCCUCACGAACUUACCAAACACAAUGGCUAACGUUCCGAAUAAGAACUCUUCAACUAAUAACACGAAAAAUAGUGAGGAUGCGAAGUUGGAUAAUUGUAACACUACGAACAAGGUUUACGAAACAGAAAUACUGUGACCUAUUACGAUCAAUAGACAUUUUCGAAUUGUAUGUUAAACUCGUGGCACUUUCAACUCAUAUCACAAUUACAGAGUUUUGUUUCUGUGCUGAUUGAAUGUUAGAUGUAUUCGAUUUUUUGCACCAUAUAAAAGGGACAUAUGGCUAUGGUAUCACGUAAAUCUAAACCCCCAAAUGUUACGAUGUGUAUGGCAAAAAAAAUAUAUUCGGCACAUUUGCAUUCAACUGAACCUACGAAUAUUGUAGUUGUGCUAUCUUGGAGCAUUAAUUUCUUUUUAUCUUUCUCAUUUUGUUUGGAAGAACUGUUAUUUGAAAAGAUAAUAUGGAUUAAAAUCUGAUUGAACUAUAUGAUAAACACUCAUUGCCAUAUUACUAUUGCUUAUUUAUUAUUUUCUUCUGAAGGUAAGUUCGAUUAAAUAUAUCUAGCUUCUUACAUCUAAGAAGAAAUGAAGACUGAAAAAUCAAGUUCUAAUGAACAAUUUAAGGUACCAAUAUUGGAUAACAAAUACUGUACAAUUUAGUAAUACCGGUUUCAUUUUCACUUUUGUGCUAUAUACUGUACGAUUCAACUCUAAGUAGACAAAUUUCACCCAAGGAUUUAUUUUUCAUAAAAUAAAAAAAAACACUCUUUUAUUAACUACGGAACAGAUAUCAAGUUUGAAGAAAAAUAUAUAAUAACAAUUCAAUAUAUCUGUGAAUUACAGAAUAGCAGAAUACUAGUCUCCAGUUUAAUGAAGCAAUGUAAAAUACUUGGAGUAUUAAACAAAAAUAAACAAAUGGUCGAAAUAUGGAGAUUCCGAAGGCUAUAUAAAUGAUUCUUCAGUAUAUAUCAGCUUAUCCAUUAUUUCGUAUAUUUGUUGGGAGAUUCUCAUUGAAAAGUCACUUUACAUCUUACAAAAUUUUUGGGAAUUCAGCAAAAUGGUAGAGCGUUCUAAAAACUUUUUCACUCUGUUCAUAUGCAUGUAAUAUUUCUUCUCAACUAGAGCUUCCCUUAUCUACGCUACUCUUUUGAACCUUGUUUUAAUCUUUUUAUUCUACCAACAAAAUUUCAAGAAAGUGAUAAAAAAAUUAUUAUUUUCUCGAACUUGAUCUACGUUAUGAAAAGUUUUGUUGUAAUUAUACUUUUUUCUUAAAAGUAGAUACGAAAUCCUUUGGUGAAAUUUUUGGAGUCAAAAUUGAAUCACUCCUGUGAUGUUGAAUAAGUACCUACUUGUGAUUUAUAAAAGAUAAAUAUUUCCAUAACAGGAAUGAGGUAAACUUUAUCUGAAAAUAAAAUCCUUCGAAGCAGUUCAAAAACAUAUGUAAAUAUUCCGUUUAAAUACAUCCUCAAUUCUCUUAUUGUUUCAAUACUAACAUUUAUUGAUUAUAAUUAAUAAUUAUUUAUUGAAAAAUUAAUGCUCCUUGAACAAAUCAAUCUCGAUUAACCCAAUGGCAGUAUGCUUCAAAAAAACAAUCUGAUUGGUUAUCGAAAAAAAUUGUAAUUAAUAUUUCCCAAAAAUUUUUCGAAUGAGAGAAUGUUAUUACUUAUAUCUGUGUCAUCAAUUCUUUAAACUAGGUGCAAUUCGUUAGCACAAAAAAUCGCGCACUACUCAACUAUUAGAUACCUUAUUUGAAUCACGUUCACAAUGUUAUAUUGUUAAUGUUUUAUACUAAAAUUUUGUGAACAAUUGUUAAUUUUUUUUAUUGAUGAGAAUUUUUCGUUCAGAUCGUUUAGAGGCUCCGAAUGAACAAUUUAUGAAUGCAAAACAAAUUGUAAACAGUAAAUAAACUAGUUGAAAAAUUCAGUCCAUGGAAGAAUUCGAGAGUGUAGUGAAGAGAAACUAUUCAACUUAAGCCACUAGUACCUAUUGUCCGAUUCUAUGAAACCUCUAACUAUUAUUUGCUUUAAAUGAAUGAUAAAUGUGUUCGUUUUAGCCUCCAAGUUUUUUAAAUAAAUUUAUAGAUGUUUCACUACGGCCUGUUAUUGCUUGAAGGUAUACAUAUAUCGAAAAUUUCUUCUUUAUAUUAAUUCCAUUUUCUCAAAUUCUAAUUCGAUAUAUCUACUAUCUCAAAAUUUUAACUUUUUUCAAUCAUUGUUUUGAAAUUUUUUCAUUUGCACAUAACUAGAUAUCCUUUCAUUGUAAUCAUCUUCAAAUUUUUAUAUAUCAAAUUACAGAAACUGCAGGGAAACAUCUAGAUGCCAUCUCUCUGCUAGAAUUCAUAUGCUCAAUAUAUUGAAUAAAAAUGGAAAAACACUGAAACUGAAUUGCAUUGAAAUGAUGAAUAUAGAUAGGUUUAUAUUUAUCGAAUAGGUUAUUGAUGUAAAUAACAUUUAAAAUGGUGGCUGCUAUUUAUUAGGUGCCAAUGUAAUAUUAUCGACUAAUAAAUAUCGAAAGAACA